CUAAUUUCAGCGCCUAAAUUUUUGCUACGGUGCUGCUGGUGUACUUGUGGAUACGUGAGUACGGAGAGCGGCGAAAACUGUGUUUCUAAUUGCUUUUUCUGGGAGGAUUUUUAACGCAAAAAGUGGAUAUAUUACAUUUUGUGUGAUCACAGAAGUGUAGCACUAGGCAUCCACACACAAUGGCGGACACGUUAGCCAACAAUGUGGACGAGAGAGAAAAGAUCGAUCUGGACGACCCAGAGUUCCAGAAGGAGCUUCAACGCCCAGCACACAUCAAGGCAGACAUGAUGAACAUGGAGAGACAGCGAAGAGUUUCCUUAAUCCUCAACAGUCAGGCCUUCCGAGAGGAACUGGAAAGUAUUAUCGAGUCACAGUUGAAGACGAUGUUCAAGAGCGGGCCUCACCCAGCCAGCCUUAUUGCCCUGCAGCAGAUUGCCGACCUAGUACUCCCGCAGUCAAGAUUCAACCAGUCCUCAACUGGAGGUGGAGGCGGUGGCCGAGGACAAGGAACAUGUUUAAUACCUGUUGCCGACAUCCGCGGUGUGGACUCUGUCAACUACAGCAAAGGGGAGAAGAUACUGCGAUGCAAGCUGGCCUCGCUGUACCGUCUCAUCGACAUACAGGGCUGGACCCAACAUAUCUACAACCAUAUCUCGCUACGCGUCUCCAUGGAAACAGACAAUUUCCUGAUCAACCCUUUCGGCCUGAUGUACCACGAGAUCACAGCCUCCUCCCUGGUGAAAGUGGACAUGCUCGGACAGGUGGUUGACCCCGGCACCACGACCUACAGCCCCAACGUGGCUGGCCUAACACUGCACUCAGCAAUCCAUCACUGCAGACCGGACGCCAAGUGCAUAGUGCAUAUUCACAAUGCUGACGUGGUUGCGGUGUCCUCAAUGAAAUGUGGCCUAUUACCCCUGAGCCAGGAGGCGUUGAUCUGCGGGGAUGUCUCGUACUACGACUACAGCGGCAUCAUCAUCGGCGAGCAGCAGAAGGAUGAGAUCAUCCGUGCCCUCGGACCUAACAACAAAAUACUGUUUCUGCGUAACCAUGGUGUUGCCUGCUGCGGGGAGACUGUGGAAGAGGCCUACUACUGGACAGCUCAGGUCGUCACUGCGUGCACUUCUCAAGUCAAGAGCAUGUCUGUCGGCUUGGACAAUCUCAUCUUGCUGCCUGACAGCGUGAAGGAGGAGACACGUAGAGUCGCCUUGCAAGGAGCUAGCGUGCCGAUCAAUCAGGAGCAUGUGGAGGGGGAGAAGGCGCCAAGAGAGAGGAAAUGGAAGAUCGGAGAGCUGGAGUUUGAAGCCAUGAUGAGACAACUAGACAACAUGGGUCACCGAACAGGCUAUGUGUACCAUCAGCCACUAAUCCGCUCUGACCCCAAGCCACGUAGCGAGGUAGCCCACCCAGCAGCCUCCUCUUCAGUCACUUACUUCUAUGAUGACGACAAAGACGGCAGCAAGUACCAGUCCCCGAUGAAGCUGAUGAAUCGCAAACAGGCUGGAGAGAAGACUAAGUGGCUGAACACGCCCAACACGUACACCAAGGUUGAGACAGAGGAGGAACUGAAGGAAGGAGAUGAAACUCCCAAGAAGAAGACAGUGUGGGUAUCGGACGUCGAGAAGCAGACUUCUGGAGAUGCAAUCCGAGUUGAUUCUCACUCGUUCUCAAAGCUUUCUGAUGAUCCCAAGGAGCUGAAGAAGAGACAGAAAGAUAUCAAGGCAGAUCGGUUCGACGACAAAGUGACAGCAGGCCCCAUCUCUGAAGUGUUGUCUGGCGUACAGUAUGGUGACAGUCGCAAACAACAGCUUGCUAGGGAUGCCCCAUUAUCUAACUCAAAGGAGUGUCUUCACGAGUCACCCAAGGGUGGUGGAGGAGAUCAGAUCACCGCUGCCUCCAAGGGCAUCAUCGAGCGAAGCCAUCAGAAGGACGCUCUGCUGUACACGGCCUACGCACCCAACCCAUUUGAGAACAUGUCAGAGGAGGACAUCUUGCAGUACAAGAAAGAGAUUGCCGAGAAGACGGGCCAAGAUGUGAAAGAAAUCGAGCUGAUUGUGCAAGCACCAGACUCACAGAUGAACGGUCCCGAUGGAAUGGAGGAGUCAUCCACAACUAAGAGAGAGGUUAUCAUAACCAAGGGUGCCGAUGGAUCUGAAAUCAAAACUACCCGAGUUGUAACAACCAAGUUCACAACCAAGGAGACGACACUGAACGGUGACGAGGCAGAGGUAGAGGAAGGUGAGGAGGAUGACGAGAGGGCAGCUUCACCCCAAGACGCAGCGCUGAGGAGCGCCAGCAGCGCAGAGGCGUCGCCGACUAAAGACGCCACCUCUCCCUCUAAGAAGAGCAAGGACAAGCAAAAGAAGAAGUUCAGAACCCCUUCAUUCCUUAAGAAAAAGAAGGAGAAGGCAGACAGUUAAACACCUUGCUCAAGCUCAAAACAAUUCCAGCUUUUGUUGAGGGUCGUUGAACAGCUGCUCAACCUCUGAUGUGGCCUCACUAUCUUGUCAAAAAAGGGUAGAUGGAACUGGUUAGAACCUGUUCCAACUGGUCGUUGACAGUAUGAAAUAGUACAAUUUUAUCCAAAAUGGCUGCGGUCGCACCGGUUUGAAGCAGUUAGUUUACGAUAAUGAUUUUUUUUCCUUCUCUCUCCCUUUUUUUAUACUUGAUUAAAAAAAGUUUUUAAUGCAUUGCUCUCCUCUGCUUCAGUUUUUUAUUUCUCUUGUGACACUUUUUUGGGGUGAAAUUAAGAGGGAUGUGUUUUCAACCCUGGAUAAGUCUGCCGUUUGGGCAAUGCACGCUCACUCGGCAUGUUUGUGAUUUGCUUGGUAACAGAGGAUUCGGGAGGUGGGGAAGUUGGAUGUUUUAAACAGUGCUCAUUCAGUAGUUAAAUCAGUCUAGUUCGCGCUCAAUCAUAAUUAAAUAUGUAAUACUGUUUAACAGUGUAUUCAUGUACACUAAGAUGACGUUGAGAGAGGCAGCUCUCGCCGUUUUUAAAACUAUCGGUGGCGUGAAUGUCAUUAGCGUCCUCUUAAACAAAUUAGUGUUGACGCUGGGGGAUUCUUGAAGCCCGUGUCUUAUGGAAGUUGUGUUGUUAAUAAUAUAUGUGGUCGAUUUUUAAUCGUGGGGUUGAUGUUUCUAACCAUUGGUUUUUUGACAUCUUGUAGUAAAAACCCUUGUAUUCCGGUCACAUUGCCUGUAAAUUUGAUUCCAGAUUAUUGCAAGGAAAAAGACAAGAUGAAAUAGUUGCCAAGUAUACACUCACUCAUACUUUGGACAAAUUGUCGGAAAUAUACAAACCAACCCAAUGGGUUGCUGUUGCUGCAUUAUCUAAAAUUAAAAAAAGGAAAACUGAAAAAUGCAAGAAACCCGUCGCUGGGGGAAAUUGAAAUGCACAACUACGUAAAGAUUUUUUUUUUUUAGAGCACCCCCCCAAAUAUUGUAGAUUUAAACUUAAUAUUAAGUAUUGAUAACUGUUAUAAAUGUGCCAUGUGACAUUCUAAAGAUUGUAAAUGUAAAAUGUCUACUGCUCAUUGAUGAAAAUAUGAAGAUCCUUAAAAAAUGUUUGUCGGUGGUAAUAUGUGUAGAAUUUAAUGUGUACAUUUUAAUUAUUCGCUGUUGCAUAGAUGUGUGUAGUGCAAAAAAUGUGGGACAAUUCUUAAAUGUAAUGAAUAUAAGACUAAGAGGAAAAUCUAGAAAGCUUGCAGCGGCGGAAAAUGACAGAGGUAAGUUUGUUGACCUUGAUUGGAGGAGGGGGUUCUUUCUGUGUUUUUUUUGCGAUUUGUAAAAUAUUACAGGAGUUUUUUUAAUUACCAAACGAGUGGUGCGGCCGUUGGCCGAGUGACAAAUUUUUCAACUUGAAAGUUGGUGCACAGGCUUGUGACUGGCAUGUCAUGAUCAUGUGAUGAGCAUGUGACCAUCGGCGUGGUGUCCAUGCCCACAGCAUGUGAGUCGUCAUGUCAUGGCCAUGUGUUCAGCAUGUGACGGAAAUGAACGGAAGGCGUGGCAUAGUAGAAGGGGAGGAGGAGAAAUUUGUAACCCUUGUCCGUUCCUGGCAUCUAAGAUCAAGAGAAUUAUCUCUGAAGAGAUGGACGUCGCUUGCAAAGAUUGAUUUAAAAAGAAAUUCUGACACUAAUUGAACAAAGCGGGGAAUGGAGGGAUUUGGGGAGUCAAAAUUGUUGGGUAUGAUUCUGAUCUUUUUGCACUCGCAGUGUACUUGAGUGAUGUAGAUAUAAAAAACGUAGUUAAUGAGCUGUGAAGGCCCACAAUAGUCCAGCUUUAUCAAACAGUGAAGUAGAACUACGCCGUCAUACAUUUCUACAUUUAAACAUUUUAUAAAUGCGCCCCCCUAAGUACAACACAUUUUCCUGUAUAUGUGUAACUGUAGUGUAGUAGCACAAGUAUUCUUGUCGAUGGAUCCUGUUCACGUGUAAUUUAUAACUUGAGUGUAAAACUUACGAGUCGGUAUAAACACUGCAUGAAUAGUGAUAUGUAUUGCAAAUAAUAGUACUUGGAAUAUCUGUAGUUGACAAUUGUACAAGAAUCAUAUUAAAUAAAAUAAUUGAAAGAAGAAAAAAAGCGAGAAAAAAAAAUUAAACCUGAUGUAUUUAAUAAAUAAGUAGGGUUUUUGUUUUUCCAUGUUAUUUUUUAUGUUAAAUUUGCAAUUGAAUAUUUUGUAGAAUGAAGCUGCAAAUUUGUGAAUAAAAUAGUACCAUUUCCCAUAUAUGGGGAUGAAGAAACACAGCAACACCACAAUGGGCAAAUGUGACUCCGAAAGUCAAAUAUUCUUUUGCCCAAACAUAUUUCUAGGGCUACUCGUUAAACAGAGUUUGACAUUCCUUAGCACUGUGACUUGGUAAUUAUUCUGUUUAAAUAACAGGCAUAGGUGUCAAUGCGGUGAGCCAUGGGAAACAAAAUGGCUACCCCCAAUGAAUAUCUCAUAUGUCGGCCAAAAUUUCAAAAUGAGUUAAUGACAAAAACUUGAUGUAGAUGCAACAGUAUGGUUUGAAAUGGUUUGACUGCCAUCACAUUUGAACCUUUGAUGUUGUACAGUGUCGGACAACAGUGGGCAACAGCCAUCCAUUACUGCAGAGGCAAAUGGCUCCCUUGGGCAUAUUCCCUGGGCCUUGCCUUGGUGCGCCUUGAAACUUGCAUUGCCCUAUAGCGAUACCCUUAACUGGAACCAAGGAAAAGUGCCUUGCCCCUCAUAAGAACAAAGUACUGGGCCUGUAAACUAAAAUGUCUGUAGUACAAUUUUUAAAAGUGUUCAGAAAAAAAUUAAUACAACAGCCGAAAUGUAAGGCUAUUUCAACUUUUUGCAUCUGAAACCACUGACAAUUAAAGGGUUGGAUAAACAAUAGCAUUUUACAAAUAUAUAACUUGUAAUUCUUGUUUCAAAUUGUUUAUGGAACAUUUGGACGACGCUUCUUUUCUUUUUUAUCUACUGGAAUAUUUUGAUCCAACUGAUGUGGUAUAGUAAUCAGCAGUUAUCGUUAAGAAUUUUUGCUAAGCAUGUAUCAUACUAUGACUAAGCGCAGCUUGCUUUUUUUGUUGUUAACAUCAACAGUGUCUCUAGUUUCCCCCAGUUUUUUAUUUUGUUUUCCCUUCUUUAUUUUUCAGGUAAAUUACAUUUUGAAAGUACUAUUUGUCUAAGACAAUACUGUAACAAAAUGGUUAAACAAGAUAAUACAUUAAUUUUAGGUCAGGCCAGUUACUGGUUUGAAAUAUAGUGCAGUACUUUGUAUUAAAAUAUUUAGUUUAUAAUAUCAAUUUUUCUUUUGUUUAUUUGUUUUGUCGGAAAAGAAAAUGAAUUAAAUUAACGUGCCAUUGCCUUGCUUGCAUAUGGAUGUAAAAUUGUAGUCGAAAACCAGUAAGAGAACGACAUUGAUGAACAGGCCCAUCGUACGCUCAAUUUGUUGUGCAAAUAUACAUAGGUCUGAAAACUCUAUGAUUUUUUGUUAGUGAUGCCAUGACACGUUGAUUGAAAAUGUAGAUGUUAAAUACAUGAAUCCUUGGCUAACGUUGCAAAGAUGCUAAGCAGACAAAUGUGCUUACCAUAGAAAACAGUUGCUUAGCAUAAACAGGUCACCAGCCAGAAUGGCAUGGUUUGAUGUGUACUUUUCACUGGUUCCCAUGCCAAAUGGUGUCUAGCAUUAUUUUCUGCUUAACGUCUUUGCAAAUCCUUGCCCUGCUUCGAUUGGACAAAGUUGGUUUCAGUAUGUUUUUGUGUCUGGGGUAAAUUUAUUAUUGGAUCACAAAAUACACUCGGAUCAAGGGGAACAAAAACUCAAGAGUAAUCAUGUCUCUAAUGAAUUGGGAUUAUAUGUUUUUGAUUUGUAGAAACUUCUUAACUUUAAAAUAAUGCCUGUAGGUUGAUGCUAUGUUUAAACACUUAUGGUAUGUUCAGUAAAGAGAUUUCCGUAAAAAUAUUGAAGGGAAACUGCAAAGAUUUGUUUGGUAGAAUAACUCAAUAUUUUUACCUUGCUACAUUUACAGGAAGGUCAGCCUUUGACCUUUCACCUUUGCAUUUUUAUCAUGCUUACAUUCAGUCAUAGAGUAUCUGUCGAAUCUCUGCAGUUUCCCGUUUCAUUUUAAGACAUUUUAAACAUUAAAGUAACUUCUCGAAUCCAUUAAAUGUGUUGCAUAUCAAAAUCUUGAGCAAAUAUUGACAUUUUUGGGGGGACUGUAAAUGAAAUUGAGUGAUGUGAAGUUUGUCCUUUUUAAAACUUUUUCGGGGCUUAUUUAGAUGUAUGUCGCCAUGUCACUGCUUUAGUCUUGUUAGAUGUACUGUUAGUAGAUCCCGAUAGAACUUUGAGGGCGCUUUUCCCACGAUACAGAUGUUGGAACCCAACAUGUAGAUGAUGUCAGAACACAUGACUUUCAUGUUCAUUUUCGAUGAUGAAUAUUACAGUAAAGCACCCUCAACGACUGUAUAAGGUUUAGUCCGUCUGACGAGAGUUAAGCGUAAAGACCGUUUUGUCACACAUUGUUGUCCGCCGGACAGUGAACUCAUUUGAUUUAUUAUUAGUGUCAGGAACCUUGGAUAUAGACCUUUAUUAUGCUGCCACCAUCUAGUCAUGUGUCUUGUGUCAAAUAACAGUAAUGAAUUCUAAUAGUCAUUUUACAAAAAGGAACCAGACUAUUUCUCCUUCCAGCCUCGAUUUGGUUGCAUAAUACAUGUAUGUGAAUGAGAGAAAAAUCAAGAUGGCCGCACAGUGAUAAAGGUUUAUUAUACUAAGAAGAUUAACGGAAACAGAUUGUAAAAGGUUGUGUGCAAAAUACUCGUCCUACACUACUUAAAGAUGAAGUACAUUAUUUGUUAUUAAAAGGAAGUUUCAAUCUGAAAGCUCCCCGACUGCAAUGUUCAUACCAGUACCAAUACUCCAGAAAAAGUAUUUCGGUCUGUAACUUCUGUUUAAAUCACUUUUUUUGCCGAUUUCAGUUGCGACACAU